AUGUGGCCGCCGCUCCCGUCCGUCAAUUUCCCGGUCCUUCCACCGCCGCCACCGCCUCCACUGACGCCAUCGUUUCCGCUGAGCGUGCUUCUUCGAUGUCUCGUGCCACCGUCGCAUCUACAGGCUCCGCAGGUUGAGGGGAACGCCUCUACCCCCCCGUUAUCCCUUCUCUCUGGCCGACAGGACUCGAGUCUAGACUUCGGGUUCUCGUACUGCCUGCCACCUCAAAACAACCUCGGAUGCCUCUUUCCAAUCGAUGCGAAUCACUGUCACCACCUCUACGCAGGCGACGAAUCAAAUUCGAGGAGGGCAAAGCGUUUGCACAAGUCAACUCGCAAUGACCACGACAGUGCUGGCAGCAAGAAGUGCAAGAAAAUUAGCGCCACGUCGCUACACGACACCAACGAGCACAUUGAGGACAUUCGACGAUUCGCGCGCGCUUUCAAAAUGAAGCGGCUGAGUCUGGGGCUCACGCAGACGCAGAUUGGUCGAGCCUUGACUGCGGGCGAUGGACCAGCCUAUAGUCAGAGCGCCAUCUGUCGGUUUGAGAAGCUGGAUAUCACCCCAAAGUCGGCACAACGCAUCAAGCCAGUUCUGGAGCGCUGGUUGGCUGAGUUGGAGGGUCGUCGAGGUGGAGAUCAGACGUUGCCAACUUCUGUCGCCCAUGGUGACGGUGGCAGCGUCUGCGACAGUCUGAGUAGCAGCCAAGACGACGAGACAAUCUACCGUCUGGAGAGUGAGUCCGAAGAAGCGAGUGCGGCCAUCAGAAAGCGCAAGAGCAGGACUAACUUCUCCGUCGAUGCGCUGGACCGCCUGAAUCACGAGUUCGCCACCAAUACGCAUCCGUCAGGAACGAGAAUAUCUCAGUUGGCGAAUCAACUAAACUACGACCGUGAAGUGAUACGCGUAUGGUUCUGCAAUAAACGCCAGUCGUUUCGCAACAGCACAAGUCAAACCCACCCCCCGAAUCCAGCCUGUGGUAGCAACAAGAUCGGUGAACAGCAUUCAAACUGGUACCUCCAUCCGAACUCUUUCGACGACAAUGAGACCCCCAUCGACCUCAGCACCAAAAGCAUCCCAUCGAAACAGUCCCUCCUGAACCACUAG